AUGAUCGGGUACAAGGUCGCGCCGAGCCCGCUCCCCACCGUCGCCGUCGACAUGGCCAGCGCCCGGUGCCGCACAAAGUACCGCGGCACCACGGCCAUGGACGGUACCGACAGGCAGCACGUCCCCAAGCCGACGCACACGCCCUGCGCGAGGAGUACCUGCCAGUACCGCGUGCUGAUGCUCGUCAUCAUGAAACCGGCCGUCUCCAGCACCGCCCCCGCCGCGAUCAGGCUGCGGCAGUAUCCCAUGUCGAACAGCGGACCGAUGACCACCGCCACCGCCAUGAAGCAGAAAGUCUGGAUGGACCCGAUCCAUGAUAUCGCCGACGACGACGAGUCCCGGAGCAUGUCCGUCUCGUAG